AUGUGCCGCAUCAUCAACGGUAUCCACCAGCCAUGCUGGGCCUCCCCUUCCUUCUGGCAACACCAAAAUGCCCUCCAAAAAGCAGCCAAAAAGAAACCCCGAUCAAGACAAAGCACCCGAGCCUACCGCACGAAACUUCAAGACGCCCUCCUCCGCUCGUCAGCCUCAUCCACCCUCCACAAACGCCCCAACGACCUCCUGCCUCGCCCCCUCCUCACUUUGGACGCCUCAGACAAACUAUCCAACCACCCCACCCUCCUCCGUGACAUCCUAGCCAAAUCUCUCAGACAUGACAACCACGUCAGCGGCAAGCCCACAGACCAACCGAUAUGGAAGUCCCUCCUCUCCAUCCUCGAGUCUGAACUCCCAAAGGACAACGCCACAGAGCCAAUAUGGACAGCUCAAGAGAUAGAGCUCAUCCAGCUGCCUAACCAGCUUCUGAAGGGCCAGGAGGAGAUUAUCUUGCACCCGACAUGGAGACGUUUCCCUGACGCGGCCGGGACGAGGAAACUUAUCGCUGAGGCGGCGAUGUCCCAGGGUGUUGUGAACAAGUCGCCCAAGCUCAUGGAGCUGUUUUGGACGGGGGGACGGUUCAGACGUACAAGAAAGGCUUUGACGAUUGUCGUGACUGAAGGUUCCGUGUCUUGA